CUUAUUCUCUCUUUUUUUCUCUCUCUCCAUAUUGAAUAUAUAUAUACAUACAUAUUAUGGAUUUCACACCUAAACAACUUCAUUAUCUCAAAAGAGAGAUGAUAACCAAACAGCUUGACUUUGAGAUAUCAAGUCUAGUCCAUGAUCCAGAGACACUCUUCUUGACAGCGAAAAAAUAUCCACUCCUUAGUUAUAUAUUUCAUCAUAUGAUCAUCAAGUUUCCUCUUCUCAAGCAAAUACAACAGGAAGAAUUCUGGGGCAAGUGCCAAACCCUCUUGAACGAGUUCAACAAGAUUCAACUUGACAACUUUUAUUGUCCUCAACACUCCGAAAGCUCAUUGCAAAAGAAAUUGAUCCAGCGAAAAUUGAAAAAGGCGCUCGUCUUUGCUUAUUGUGCAAGCAUUAAAACAGUCCAAGGCAAAGAAGAAAGUAUCAAAAUAUUCGAGUCUACUUUGAAUGACCACAGACACUCACCUGAAAUUCAACUCAACAUUGUCACUGUUCGUCGAGUGAAGGUAAAGAAGGCCUUGUUGGAGACGUCACACGCCGAAUUUAUAAUCGAAACAAGGUAUCCGGAUAAAAGGGAUCCUAUCUAUGUCAACAAACGGCAUCGGGACUUUCGUCGACUCCGGGAACAACUUAAAAGGCAUUAUCUCCAUCCUAUUCCCGUAGUUCCUCAUAAGCAUGUGUCAGCGAAUGAUGCGUUUUACAGAGAACACGACCGACUUGCUCUACGCGCUUAUUUACACGAAUUGAUUCAACAUCCCAUCUUUGGCAAAAGCCAAGCACUGCAUUCGUUUUUAAUGGAUCAACCAACGUCAUUUGUACCAGAUCAGGAUUGUUUUGACCGGGAAAAGGCAGAUAAGCAAAGAUUUGAGGAACAAGAAAAGAGCCAAGAGGAACUGAAUGAGCGCGUCAAGGAUUUGCAUAAGCAAUUGGAUGAUCUAAAGAAAGAGAUACUUCAGCCAGGAGGCUUGAUUCAAGUGUUUGAUAUCAUAAAGCACACUCAAGAUAUUCAAGAUUUACCGCCGUCUCUUAAAAAGGCUUUCGAAUGGGGCCGCAUAAACUUUGCAUUCGCACUGCGCAAACAGUUCAUUAUGGUCGAUACGGCAGCUGACAAUCUGAAUAAUUUAAAAAGAACCCAUGGCUUGAUGCCCUACAGGACAAUAUCGAUGAUAUUAAAACUAUCUAAUCCCAUGUCUAUGGUGAAGAGUAUACUUGAUUUAUUUUUAGCACAACCUUUUGGUAGCAGAAGCUUAUUUCAGAGAAUUUUAAUCUCCAACCUGAGCCAAGAAUCAAAGUCGUUUCAAAAGGCCAUAGAAGAUUUAGAACAAGAGAUUGGUCAUGCCAGUUUAUGUGAAAAGGUGUAUAAUGCAGUUCAUACUUCAAAAUCAGAUGAAUGGCAAGACUAUACUUCACCUACCGAGGAACUACUGGCCGUAUUAAGAAAUGAUGAUAUCAAGCCAAUAUUAUCUGAUAGGGAACUUUCUCUAUGUGAUAAUAACAGCGACGAAGGAAAGAAGCUCAUCAAGCAUCUCUAUAGAUUAUGGGAAUCUUAUGCUAAACAAAAGGAACAUGAUAUUGCCAUGGAAUUAGUAUUCCAAGGAGUAACAGGCGAUAUUCUAAAGGAAUGCAUUUCUGUGUUUUAUGAACCAUUAGCACAAGUGUACAAGGCAGCAGAUAUUAGUACAACAAUACGUCAUAUAUCACUAUUUAUUGACGAUUUAUUAAAUACGAUCGAACAACAAGAUAAGUCGAUACAGUCAUUCAUCGAUUUGGUCAAGCGACAUGAACAAAGGUUCUAUGACUUUGUCUAUAACGUUCAUACACAAGAUGCAUCGGAUAUCUUUAAUGAGUUGAUAAAGUAUGUGGACACUCUGUUCACCUUUAUGUUUGAUGGACUGCCUGGCAAGAUUGAUAUAAACCAUUCUAUUGAACAAGCCGGUAUUACAACACCAGAGCUAAAGGAUCAACUGAUAUCAGAAGUGGACUCUUUGUGUGAAUAUCGUUAUAAACAAAAAAUGUAUCGAUUUGAAAGGGCCAAGAAAAAGAUCAUGUUGGACAACAACAACAGUGAUAGCGCACCUCAAGAUCUAGAGGACUAUUACUCAAGUGACGAGUCCUCUAGUGAAUCAUCUUUAAUUACAAACAUGACCAAUGAUAGUGAAAAUGUACACCCCUUCCCUGUACUAUUAUUAAUACCUAAAGUGACACCUUAUUUUAUUCAAGACGUUAUUCAAUUGUUACCAUCCACGGGUGCCUGAUUUAUCGGCACCUUUUAAUAAAAGUUCUUUCAAUAACUCCCAUCGUUGUUGGCAAUCGACUAUAUCAUGUCUUCCUUUUAGUUUGGCCACUGCUUCUGGCCAUCGCUCACUCGUCAGUCUAGUCAAGACAUGUGCCAUCAGUAUCUUAUCUUCCUCCAUUGUCCAUUCGGCUUGUUUAUGUUCUGU